CCCUGCUUGUUGCAGCCUAAUUCCUCGCCGUCGCCAGAGGUGUCCGCCACCGCCGGACUGCAUCACAGCGGUCCUUCACCGUCCCAGGUCUGCCGCUACUUUCAUCUCAAUCCCAAUCGUCAUAGCCUUGCCACCACCGUGGGCACUUCUAUCCCAGACGUUAAAACCUUGCCGCCGCCUUCCCGGGGCUGCCGCCGGUUCCUCCAUCUCAAUUUUAUAGGGGAAUGGAGAUCUCAUUAGUGUUUAUGAUGCUCUUGAAUAUGCGUUGUCGAUUAUACUUAGAUGUUGCAAGUCCUUGGAACAACAAGCUGGUCAACGGAUUUGUGGAAGAGGGCUUUUGAAAGGCAGUAUGCUGGGUGAAGAUUGUUUUCACAGCUUCAGGGUCAUUAACAAAUAACAUCGGGUUCGGUCCGAGCCACACAAAUGAAUUCUCACCUAUAUAUACAAAUCCCACGUCAAGAAUUCAACAACAACAACAACAUAAAAGCCGAUAGAUCAUUUAACAAAACUUGCCGUGUUUUCUGAUGGAAUCGAUGUGAAAGGGAAUGAGUCUAGGGGAAAUGUCAUGUGAGAUAUUCAUAGGCUUGGACUUGGCUUCUUUGAUGCUCUUGGCAAACUCCUUUUGGUCACCAGAGAUGAACUUGUAGGGGUUCCCCUUAAGGCCCUGUUCUUUAAGGCAUGCCUGCAGUCUUCUUGGCCUAAUCCAACCCCAAUUUACUACUCUCCAAAUGCAUACCAAGAAUACUGCAGAAAAAGGAACAGCUAAUAUGACACCAAACACCAUCUUGUAUUAAACUGCAAUGAAUUGAGAUGGAUGAUGGCCCUUUUAUAGUUGGAAAGAGCUUGGCAAACACACAAAAUAAAUGUGUGAAGUGUCAAGUGUGUGAAAUUUCAAAAGGGGUGUCAGUAGUUGGGUCUCCUAGCAUCAAUUGUCAAAAGUCGAGUAUCUCUUCGUCCUAAAGAGUAAACUGCGUAAUUUCUAAAGGAUUCAAAGGUAUUUGGUGCACUUUUUAAUUUUUAUGUGUGAAUUAUACUCCGUACAAGCCUACUUCCAUACGGACCACACCUUUCAGCACCUUUCCUCAUCGUCUCUCCCUCUACUGCACAGUACACAGUUGAGCAGUUGACACUUUCCUGCAGUUCAUCUAGAAUGGCUUGUACGGCGGCGUCCACGGCGCUGCUCUCUUCCCAUCCCAGGGCUGUCACAUCUAUCAAUUCCCUCGCGAAACGCUCUUCUUUCUCUCAUUGUGCUGCUGUCCCCUCCCCCUUCACUGGUCUCCGCUAUUCCAAGCCCUCCGUCUCCUGCAUUCCUCGCUUUCUCUCUUCCGGCUCCACUCAUUCCAAACACCGCAGAUUCGUCGUCCGCGCCUCUACUAAACUUCCGUUGGUAGGGAAUAAAGCGCCUGACUUUGAGGCUGAGGCUGUUUUCGACCAGGAAUUCAUCAAUGUUAAGCUUUCUGACUACAUUGGGAAGAAGUAUGUGAUUCUCUUUUUCUACCCGCUGGACUUCACAUUUGUUUGUCCAACUGAGAUCACUGCUUUCAGUGACCGCUAUGAGGAGUUUCAGAAGUUGAACACUGAGGUUUUAGGCGUAUCCACAGAUAGUGUGUUCUCUCAUCUUGCAUGGGUCCAAACUGAAAGAAAAUCUGGAGGAUUGGGCGAUCUGAAGUAUCCAUUGAUUUCUGAUAUGACCAAAUCAAUUUCAGAAUCAUUCAAUGUGCUGAUUCCAGAUCAGGGAAUCGCAUUGAGGGGACUCUUCAUCAUUGACAAAGAGGGAGUUAUUCAACACACAACCAUCAAUAAUCUUGCUAUUGGCCGAAGUGUUGAUGAAACAUUGAGAACCCUCCAGGCGUUGCAAUACGUCCAGGAGAAUCCGGACGAAGUAUGCCCAGCUGGUUGGAAGCCAGGUGAAAAGUCCAUGAAGCCCGAUCCCAAGCUGAGCAAGGAGUACUUUGCAGCUAUAUAAACUAAAAACAAUAUAUAAAUCAAUGUGUCUGAACAUUCUCUCUCGGCCAUUUGUACUUUCGUACGUUUUGUCGUAUGAAAAUGGAUGCUUCAGGUGACGUUUAAAUGUACAAGUCGGGGCACGUUUUGCCCGCAACUCAGCAUCUCUUUAUGCUGCUCAGUCCUAUGCUGAGUGCUGACAAUUAUUCACAAAUGUCCUUUUGACUUGCAGAUAAUUGCGAAUCCAUUUAGGUUUUUAUUUUUAAAAAAAAUGAGUAUUUAAAGUACUUGUGUCCUCUUUUAAUCCCCCCCCCCCCCUUUGUUGAUCAUAAGGUCAACUAUAAAGGUAUUUCUUUGUG